UAGACAUGGUAUGAUUUGUACUGGGUAUUAUUUUCUGUAUUUAAAUAUAUAACUAUGGUCAGAAAUAAGUUGCUGUUAUAUAUAGGCAUAUACAGGUAGUCCUCAAUUUAUGACCACAAUUGAUCCCAAAAUUUAUGUUGCUAAGUAAGAAAUUUUCUUAACUGAGUUUUGCCCCAAUUUAUGACUUUUCUUGCCAAGUUUCUUAAGUGAAUCACUGCAGUUGUUAAAUUAGUAACAUGGUUGUUAAGUGAAUCUGGCUUCCCCAUUGACUUUGCUUGUCAGAAAAUCACCAUUAGUAUCGCUCUAUUAACCCUUAUUGUAAAACUUCAUACCGAAGAAGGCAAAAUAUUAGUUAUGCACUGUCAAGAAGUUACAGGUCUUGUAGGCUUUAGGAGUAAAUAAAUCAAGAAUUUUCUGACAAUUUUUUUUUCCAACAAUGCAUGAAGAUUAAAGCAGAGGCAGUAAAUUUUGGCAGGUACCCAUAGGUGUUCUGAUGGAAGCUGACAUAAAUGCUCAAAGACAUUUUCAACCAGAGCUCUAUAUAAGUCUUGGGAAAUGAAUAAAUGAACAAAUGAAUGAGUGAAGUUUAUCAGAGUAGGCCUGUAACAUGGGUUACAAUUUUACACUUGACAAAGUUUUAUUAGUUUGGCACUUCUCCAAGCUUAAAAUGUGCCAGCAGGUAUCAAAUGGCAGGAUUUCUCUGUUUUGUUUUGUUUUAAGCCUAUGGGAUGUAUGUGGGACGUCAUUCCUGAUAAUGUAUAGAAAAUAGAUGGCAUUUUGGUGGGCUAAUUUUUUUUCGGAUCAGACUUGCCAAUUCCACAAUGUGGAAAACUUAACUCAUAGGCUGACUUUAAUAUUUAACGAGACUGCAGGGUGUUCUUGACAAACCUAACCAUAUAGAGCAAACCAUGUCAUUUGUAGGAAGAAAACCCUUAUCAUUCCUGAUAUUAAUUUAGUUACGCUGAUUAGUGACCUGGAUUUCAAGAAGACAAGUAACCUUGAAUACCUGGUAGGAGCUGACAGCUGUAUAAGAAGGAAAAUAGAACGAGCGUUUGAUCUAUCGUGCUCAAGCUUAUAAAAUAAUAUCAGGAAGAUUGACGUAGUCCUACAUCUUUCUCAGAUGAUUGGAUGGGAGGAAUUUUUGACCUUGGAAAUUGGAGAUGAUGUUGCUAUGGAAACUCGUAUUUCUGCUUUCGUUCUUAAGCUGUUUUGCAGAUGAACAAAUUCAUCAUGGUCCUGUUUUUAUUCAAGAGCCAUCUGAUGUCAUACAUUCAGAGAAUUCAGAAAAAUCAGAAGUGCUUUUGAAUUGUACAGCAAAAGGUUCUCCCUUGCUACGGUAUCGGUGGAAGCAAAAUGGCACAGAUAUUGAUCUUAGCAUGAGUUAUCACUACAGGCUGGUUGGAGGCAGCUUGGCAAUCAAUAAUCCACAUAAGAAACAGGAUAUUGGAACAUACCAGUGUUUGGUCACAAAUUCAUUUGGAACGAUUCUGAGCAGGAAAGCAAAGCUUCAGUUUGCAUGUGCCAAUUGUCUUGUGGAAAUCAUCAUCAUCAUCAACAUCAUCAUCUGUAUAUUUUAUUCCUGCCUUCUUCUGAAAAUUACAAGAGAUCUUGAAAACUUUGAAACUAAAGCAAGAAGUGCUGUAUCAGUCAGAGAGGGACAAGGAGUCGUUCUAUUCUGUGCAUCUCCACCACACUAUGGAGAUUUAUCAUUCGCUUGGAUUUUCAACAAUAAUCCCUUAUAUGUUCAGGAAGAUGAUCAUCGGUUUGUCUCUCAAGAAACAGGAAAUCUAUAUAUUGCCAAAGUGGAAGCAUCUGAUGUGGGUAUCUACACUUGUGUAGUAUCAAACAGAGAAAUAAAACAAAGUGUUCAGGGGCCAGUGACACCACUUGUGCUUCGGAGUGAUGCAGGUGUGAUGGGGGAAUAUGAGCCAAAAAUUGAAGUGCGUUUUCCAGAGACUAUACGGGCAGCAAAAGGCACAUCCGUUCGGCUGGAAUGUUUUGCCCUUGGAAAUCCUGUUCCCAAUAUCACUUGGAAGAGAUCUGAUGGUAUUCCAUUAGCCAGAAAAAUCAGCACAUCUAAAGGAAUCCUUGAAAUCCCAGAUUUUCAGCAGGAAGAUGAAGGUUUUUAUGAAUGUAUUGCAAGAAAUGUACAGGGAAGCAAUAUUGCACGGGGCCAUCUGUUUACAUAUGCUGUUCCAGAAUGGAACAAAAACAUUGAGAAUACACAACUGUCUCUUUAUGAAACUUUAGUUUGGGAAUGUGAAGCAACUGGCAAACCAAAACCUUCAUAUAAUUGGUUUAAAAAUGGUAAACCACUUACAUCAGAGGAAAGAAUUCAAAUUGAAAAUGGCACUCUUACUAUAAGUAUGCUGAACAUGUCAGAUUCUGGUCUCUAUCAGUGUGUUGCAGAAAACAAUUAUGAUUCCAUUUAUUCCAAUGCUGAGCUAAGAGUCCUGGCUUCAGCUCCUGAUUUUUCUAAACAUCCCAUGAAAAAAACAUCAGUUGUCCAUGUGGGAGGUGAAGUAACUAUUGGAUGCAAACCCAGUGCCUCUCCCAAGGCUGUUAUUAAUUGGGAAAAAGGCACUGAACCUCUACAGCAAGGUAAAAGAAUCUUUAUCUUAGAAGAUAACAGUCUGAAGAUAUAUAAUAUUACCAAAUCUGAUGCAGGUGUAUACAGCUGCAUAGCAAUGAAUCAAUUUGGAGUUGCGAGAAAUUCAGGAAACCUGAUUGUGAAAGAAAAAACUGUCAUCGUUAACCCUCCUUGUGACAUUGAUGUUAUCGUUGGAGAAAGUGUAGUUCUGCCUUGUCAAGUAUCCAAAGACCCAUCCAUUGAGGUUGUUUUCUCAUGGUCAUUCAAUGGAGAUCUUAUCGAUUUUAAAAGAAGAAUGACCCAUUUUGAAAGAGCUGGAGGUGAUUCUGUAGGGGAUCUUAUGAUAAGAAAUAUUCAGCUAAAUCAUGCUGGAAAAUACAUGUGCACUGUGCAAACAUUGAUGGACACUCUAUCAGCAUCAGCAGAAAUAAUUGUAAGAGGCAUUCCUGGCCCACCAAAAGAGGUUACUAUUGAAUACGUAUCUAGUACAACUGCAGUGCUGAAUUGGAAAUCAGGAGCAGAAAACAACAGUCCUGUCCAUACCUACACAGUUCAGACAAGGACCCCUUUUUCAGUUGGAUGGCAAGCUGUUUUAACAGUUCCUGAAGUCAUUAAUGGAAAGACCCGCACAGCUACAGUGGUUGAUCUAAAUCCCUGGGUUGAAUAUGAGUUUCGAGUUGUAGCUGCCAACAAUAUUGGAAUUGGGGAACCAAGUACACCAUCGGAGCUACUAAGAACUAAAGCAUCUAUUCCCACAGUGGCACCCACAAAUGUGAGCGGAGGUGGAGGAAGCCGAUCUGAACUUGUCAUCACGUGGGAGUCCAUUCCUGAAGAACUACAAAAUGGGGAAGGAUUUGGAUACCUUAUUAUGUUUCGGCCCCUUGGCUCCUUCAGCUGGACUAAAGCCGUGGUGACUUCAGUGGAGGCAUCGAAAUAUAUCUACAGAAAUGAAAGCAUCCCAUCAUUAUUUCCCUUUGAAGUAAAAGUGGGUGUGUUUAAUCAUGAAGGAGUAGGCACCCUCAGCCCAGUAUUUCUUGUGUAUUCUGGAGAGGACGAGCCUCAGAUAGCCCCGACUGGCAUUUCAGUACAAAGUGUCUCAUCUUUUGAAAUGGAAGUAUCUUGGAACCCUCUUGUAUGGACCAGACAUACUGGAAGGAUUCUUGGCUAUGAGGUCUUAUAUUGGAUGAAUGAUUCCAGAGACUCAACAACUGGGAAAAUAAGAGUCAAUGGCAAUGUAACAACAAAAAACAUUACCAGUCUUAAGGCCAAUACUAUGUACUUUGCCACAGUGAGGGCUUACAACACAGCUGGAACUGGUCCAUCCAGUGUUCUGGUAAAUGUGACUACAAAAAAACCACCUCCAAGUCAGCACCCAAUAAACAUAGUCUGGCGACUGACCAAUUCAAAAAUAUGCUUGAACUGGGACCAUGUGAAAACAAUGGCAAAUGAGUCCGAUGUCCUAGGCUAUAAAAUUUUGUAUAGGCAAAAUCAACAGAGCACCACUCAUAUCUUAAAGACAAACAUUACAUCCGCUGAACUGCUAGUACCUUUGGAAGAUGAUUACCUCAUUGAAAUAAAAGCUGUAAGUGAAGGGGGAGAUGGAAGCAGCAGUGAAGAAAUUCGAAUUCCAACCCACUCAACAAUAUUUGGAUCAGCAGGAGAAAAAAAAACAUACAAGGGACAUGAAUUUUAUUCCAACGCUAUAAUUCAACAAACAAUAAUAUUAGUGGGAAAGGUUUUGUAUGGAAAACUGUGAGACCAGACUACUAAAUGUACGUUAUCAAGAAAUUAAAAAAUAUUUGCAAAAGGAUAGAAACCUACAUUUUUUUAGAAUAUAA